AUGGGACAGACUGUGACGACCCCCUUGACUUUGACUUUGGAUCACUGGAAAGACGUAAGGACGACUGCCCACAAUUUAUCAGUCGAAGUACGCAAAGGCAAAUGGGAGACUUUCUGUUCGUCCGAGUGGCCCACUUUCGGAGUGGGCUGGCCCCGGGACGGCUCGUUUCAUCUCCCUCUUAUUUUGCAGGUCAAGUAAAUAAUGGAUCCGGGACCCCACGGUCACCCGGAUCAAGUUCCUUAUAUCAUCACUUGGGAAGAAUUAGCCAGGGACCCUCCUCCCUGGGUCAAGCCUUUUGUUUCCAGCGGUCCUUCUGCCCCUCCCUUGCCCCCUCCUUUAACUCCUUCCAGGUCUAGCCUUUACCCCACUCAGAAGAAGAGACCGCCAGUUUCAGUUUUGCCACCGGAGGACCGGCCCCUCCUUGAUUUAUUAACUGAAGAACUUCCCCCCUACCGAGAACCAGGGGGAAUAGAGGCCCCGGGAGCAGGGGAAGCGGCCGCCGCCGAGGCUGCCGUCCCGCCCGAGCCAUCCCCGGUGGCCGGUCGUUUAAGGGGACGGAGGGACCCUCCCCCCGAUUCCUCUACUCAGGUUCCCCCUCCGCGUGGGGGAGAUGGGCGGCCUCAGUAUUGGCCUUUCUCGGCGUCAGAUCUCUACAAUUGGAAAAAUAAUAACCCCUCGUUCUCUAAAGACCCCUCUAAAUUAACUGCUCUUAUUGAGUCUAUUCUAGUGACACAUCAGCCAACCUGGGACGAUUGCCAGCAACUCCUCCAGGUGCUCCUGACUACAGAGGAGAAACAGCGGGUGAUGCUUGAGGCUCGCAAAAAUGUGCUUGGGGCCAACGGCCAACCUACCCAACUACCUAAUGAAAUUAACAGUGCCUUUCCCUUAGAGAGGCCGGACUGGGACUUUGCUACGGAGGAGGGUAAGAACCACCUACGACUCUAUCGCCAGUUGCUCAUGGCGGGUCUCCAUGGGGCCACAAGGCGACCCACCAAUUUGGCCCAGGUUAAGCUAGUUGUUCAGAGACCAGAUGAGACACCCUCCGCUUUCUUAGAGAGGCUAAAAGAAGCCUUCCGGGUGUAUACGCCUUAUGACCCAGAAGACCCGGCACAGGCCACCAAUUUAGCCAUGUCCUUCAUUUGGCAGUCGGCUCCAGAUAUUAGAAAGAAAUUGGAAAGAUUGGAAGGGUUGAGAGAAAGUUCUUUGCAGGAUUUAUUGAAGGAGGCGGAAAAGAUUUAUAAUAAGAGAGAAACUCCAGAGGAGAGAGAGGAGAGGCAGAAGAAGGAAGCGGAAGAAAGAGAGGAGCGUCGCAGGAGAGAGGAACAGGAAAUUAGUAAGAUACUGGCCACUGUAGUGACAGGACAGCGACAGGACAGACAGGACCAGGGCAGACACAGGGGGCCUCGACUGGACAAGGACCAGUGUGCUUACUGCAAGGAAAAAGGACACUGGGCUUGAGAUUGCCCGAGGAACCCUAAGAGCAGACAGCUGGAGUCCCGAAUCUCCCUGUUAAAUUUAGGAGAUGAUUAGGGAAGUCAGGGUCAGGAGCCCCCCCCUGAACCCAGGAUAACCCUCUCCGUGGGGGGGCAGCCUGUCACCUUCCUGGUGGAUACUGGGGCCCAACAUUCGGUCCUGAACUCCCAGCCGGGCCCACUCUCAGGCAAAUAUGCCUGGGUCCAGGGAGCCACCGGAGGAAAGCGAUAUCACUGGACUACGGAGCGGCAAGUACACCUCGCCUCCGGUAAGGUGACGCACUCCUUUUUACAUGUCCCUGACUGACCUUACCCAUUGCUGGGGAGAGACCUUCUGACUAAGUUAAAGGCACAAAUUUAUUUUGAGGGGCCCAGAACCCGCAUAACUGGACCCCGAGGGCAGCCCCUCCAUGUGCUGGUCCUAAGCUUAGAUGAAGAAUAUCGACUUCACGAAGCUGAUGUUCCAAGUACAGCGCCAACAGAGUGGCUCACCAGAUUUCCCUUGGCAUGGGCCGAGACGGGAGGAAUGGGACUGGCGCUCCGCCAGACCCCUUUGCUGAUUCCGCUCAAGGCGACUGCUAGCCCCGUCUCCAUAAGGCAAUACCCCAUGUCAUAAGAGGCUUAUCAAGGAAUAAGACCCCACAUAAAGAGACUAUUAGACCAAGGGAUCCUUGUGCCUUGUCAGUCGCCCUGGAACACCCCCUUACUCCCGGUUAAAAAGCCGGGCACUGGAGAUUAUCACCCAGUACAAGACCUACGGGAAGUCAAUAAACGGGUAGAGGAUAUACACCCGACCGUCCCUAAUCCCUACAACUUACUGACCGGGCUACCACCAACCCAUACGUGGUACACAGUACUAGAUUUAAAGGAUGCCUUUUUCUGCCUACGGCUCCACCCAAACAGCCAGCUGAUUUUUGCCUUUGAAUGGAGAGAUGCUGAUUUAGGGAUAUCGGGACAAUUGACUUGGACCAGGCUUCCCCAGGGUUUCAAGAAUAGCCCCACCCUGUUUGAUGAGGCAUUGCACAGAGACUUGGCUGACUUUAGAGUGCAACAUUCCAAAUUGAUCCUCUUGCAAUAUGUAGAUGAUCUCCUACUGGCCUCCGAGACAGAGCAGGGUUGCCGGAAAGGCACAGCGGCCUUGUUAGAGACCCUUGGCGAACGGGGGUACCGGGCCUCAGCUAAAAAGGCCCAGAUUUGCCAGCAACAGGUGACCUAUUUAGGCUACCAAAUUAGGGACGGGCAGAGGUGGCUGACUGAGGCCAGAAAACAGACUAUCCUCCAAAUUCCUGCACCAAAGAACCCUCGACAAUUGCGGGAGUUCCUGGGCACGGCUGGCUUCUGCCGCUUAUGGAUCCCUGGGUUCGCUGAGAUGGCAGCCCCCUUAUACCCGUUGACCAAACAAGGGACUCUGUAUAUGUGGGCAGAAGAACAGCAACAGGCUUUUGACGCAAUUAAAAAGGCGCUGUUGACUGCCCCAGCUCUGGGAUUGCCAGACUUGACUAAACCAUUUAAAUUAUUCGUAGAUGAAAAAAGGGGAUAUGCAAAGGGGGUCCUGACUCAGCGUCUUGGGCCCUGGAGGAGGCCGGUGGCGUACUUAUCCAAGAGACUGGAUCCUGUUGCUUCCGGAUGGCCUCCCUGCCUGCGCAUGGUGGCGGCCAUAGCCACCUUGGUCAAAGACUCGGGUAAACUCACUAUGGGGCAACCCAUUGUUAUUCUUGCCCCCCAUGCCGUUGAGGCCGUGGUCAAGCAACCUCCCGACCGAUGGCUCUCUAACACCCGGAUGACACAUUAUCAGGCCCUGUUGUUAGAUACUGAUCGGAUUCAAUUUGGGCCCAUUGUGACUCUAAAUCCGGCCUCCCUGUUGCCCCUCCCGGGAGACCCCGAGGGCCAUGACUGUCUCCAGAUUCUUGCAGAAGUUCAUGGAACCAGGUCGGAUUUGACGGACCGGCCCCUUCCCGACGCAGACUGCACCUGGUUUACCGAUGGGAGUAGCUUCCUUCUGGAUGGAGAGCGGAAAGCGGGGGCUGCUGUUACCACUAUAACGGAUGUCAUCUGGGCUGCCGCUCUCCCACCAGGUACCUCUGCCCAAAGAGCCGAGCUCAUUGCCCUGACAAAGGCGCUCCAGCUGGCAAAAGGUAAGAAGCUAAAUGUCUACACCGACAGCCGAUAUGCCUUUGCCACAGCCCACAUUCACGGAGAGAUAUACCGUCGGAGGGGCCUUCUCACCUCAGAAGGAAAAGAAAUUAAAAACAAGGGCGAGAUACUAGCCCUCCUGCGAGCCUUGUUCCUCCCACGGCAGCUUAGCAUCAUACAUUGCCCUGGACAUCAGGCAGGAGAUAGCCCCGAAGCAAAGGGAAAUAGAAUGGCUGAUCAAGCCGCUCGGUCAGCAGCAUUGGGGCAGCAACCCCAUAGCCCUAGCAUCCAAGUUCUGGCUGAACAUACAGAUCCUGAGUCGCCCAAGGAUGACAGAGAUUGGGUGUAUACUGAAAAAGACCUGGAAAUGUUAAAGAAAAUGGGGGCUUUUCCUGCGGGCAAGCGAUGGCUUGUGGGUAAUAAAGUGGCAGUGCCCUGUAGAGAAACAGCUUACUUAGUUGACUCUCUCCAUAAAUUGACUCAUUUAAGUUCCAAAAAGAUGAAAGCUCUUCUAGAAAGAGAAGAGACCGGACUGUACCUGCUAGGUAAGAGACAAGCACUCCAAGAUGUUACAGCCUCCUGCCGGGCCUGUGCCAUGGUCAACCUCAGCAAGUCCACGGCAAACCCCGGAGCACGGCCGAAAGGACACCGACCAGGGACUCACUGGGAAAUAGACUUCACAGAAAUAAAACCUGGCAUGUAUGGAUUAUAAAUACCGUUAGUCUUUGUGGAAACCUUUUCAGGAUGGGUAGAGGCCUACCCCACUAAACAUGAAACUGCCAAGGUUGUGACCAAGAAGUUUCUAGAAGAGAUCUUCCCCAGGUACGGUAUGCCCCAGGUCAUGGGAUCCGACAACGGGCCCGCCUUCGUCUCCCAGGUAAGUCAGCAGGUGGCCACUCUAUUGGGGGUUGAUUGGAAGCUUCAUUGUGCCUAUAGACCCCAAAGUUCAGGUCAGGUAGAGCGAAUGAACAGGACCAUUAAGGAGACUUUAACUAAAUUAACGCUGGCAACUGGCACUAGAGACUGGGUAACCCUCCUCCCACUGGCAUUAUAUCGGGCCCGGAAUACUCCCGGCCCAAAUGGACUCACACCCUAUGAGAUACUAUACGGGCACCGCCCCCAAUUGUACAUUUCCUUGAUUCUGAUAUUGCUUUCUUUUGCCACCAGUCCCUCACAGCAAGCACACCUGCAGGCUUUGCAAAUGGUCCAGAAUGAAGUCUGGAAACCAUUAGCCGCUGCCUACAGAGACCAGCUCGACAAACCUGUGUUGCCUCAUCCCUUCAAAUUGAGAUUCUUGUGGAUCCGCCGCCACCAGACUAAGAGCCUUGAACCUCGGUGGAAAGGCCCUACAUCGUGCUGCUGA